AUGAAUUUUUUGCCACAUUUAUGUCUUGAAAAGAUAUUUCUAAAUCUGGAACAAGAUUCAAAAACCCUACAUUCAUGUAUUUUAGUUAACAAACAAUGGAGUGUAUCAUCAGUUCCAAUAUUGUGGAAAGAUCCAUUUAGACUCUGUAAGUAUCUCCGUAAACCAAAAAAACUCGUGCCACUAUUGAAUACAUAUCUAUCAUUCCUUCCUUCAUCUACACAAAAACGUCUUGGUAUCACAUCAAUUAUUGGACGACCAACAUUUUUCAAUUAUCCAGUCUACUUACGCAGAAUAAGCGUGGUAUUGAUUCAUGGAAGUGUUGAAUAUUGGGCAGAUUCAAUAUUUGGUCCAGAUUCAACCUCUUUGGAAACAAUUACAUACAUUUGCAAAGUUCUUUGUGAAUAUUUUUUAUGUAAUUCAUCCAGAAUUGAGUAUCUUGAUCUUGACCAUGCAAAUUGGUUUAAUAUAUUUAAGCUUAAAGGUGCAACCACUUCCCUAUCAUCAAUUAAAUCAGUCGUAAUAGAUGAUCAGCGAAAUUUUCCAGAUCAAAUCGAGAAUCUUUCUUCUGUUAUGCAAAAUGCAAGAUCCUUAAGUUUAUCUUUAAGAUAUAGAAAGAAUGAUCCUGUGUGUAAAAAUAUUAUGAAUCUUUUACAAACCCAGAAAUCUUUAAAGGAAAUUAGUUUAUUUAGCCACGUUUCGGAUUUUUUUCAAAAUAUUUGGGAUAGUCUUGCCUCAUCAAAAUUACUUCACAAGAGUUUAACAUCCAUCGAAUUUCAUGAAGCGACAUUUGACAAUUCCUCUCUUUUACAACUAUCUAAAUUUUAUAAUCUACAUCAUUUAAAACUUUAUAGAUGUAGAAAUUUUACUGGUAACAUUCAAGAAGUUGACAAAUUAUCAGUAUUUAAAAAUCUUUCACAAUUAAUUAUUUGCAAGAUACAAAUGAAUCCACAGAUAUUGGAGUUUCUUUUAAAAAAAUCCAAUACAAGUCUUAGCGUCUUAGAGUUCCAUGAUCAUAAUAUUACUGAUUUUCAUAAAACUGUUCUUUGGUGUGUAGGUUUUUGUAAGAAUCUUUCAAGAUUUGUGGCAUCAAUUCAAGUGAAUCAAAUUCCGGAUAUCAUUUUACUUUUUAAGGAAUGUAAGAAACUUGAAUACUUUCAUAUAUAUGAUCUGAAACUUUUAUUCGAAGAUGAAGAAGAACCAUGGGAUGAAUAUAGGCCACCGGAAUUGGAAUUAUUCCAUGCAAAAGAAUUAUUGGAAGAGUUGGGAUCAUGUAUACCAAUGACCAUGAGAACUAUUAAAGUCUGGAUGAAUUGGUUAAUUAGUGGUGAAGAUAUUGAAGCAUUUGUUUCAAAGUGUAUGAGCUUUAACUUGAAUAUGAAGGUCAUAGAAUUUAGGCAUUGCAAAGGAUUUGGAAGUUUACAUAAGGAAGUGAUUAAAAAAUAUUUGCUGAACAAUAAUAAAUAA